UCUCGUUCCAGAACAAAAUCUGAAUUGGUGAUAGGGACCGGGCACACCUGUCAGAGACACGCUGCUCGUCUGCUUGCACGGGUUGUGCCGAGGUCCGACGCUGCGUGCCCGUAGCGCCAGCAAAUGGUUUUGUCUCCUUUUUCCAAUUUUCACUCCUUGUUUCUCCGUUCCCGCCAUCGUUUCCCUCCACUGCUCGUUUCGUCCCGUCCGGCCGUAUUAAAUCUCCCACCCGUCCCGCGCCAAUCCUCCCCGCUCCGCACGAUUCCGCGCCUCCUCGCCGCUCCCGUCCCCGGCGACGCGAUGGCCAUGGACCGCCGCGCCCGCGCAGCCCCACGCGAGGACGAGGAGCGCCCGAGCCACGGCCGGUUCCUCCGCCCCGGCGCGCUCGCCCGGCUCCGGGACUCCAGGAUCGUCGCCCGCUCCCUCCGGUCGGCGGCGGCGCGCCUGCCGAUCUCAUCCGCCCCUCCGUCCCCCGCGCCGGCGGCCGCGUCGGAGCAGCAGCGGCAGGACGGCGUGCCGCACUUCCUGGUGGGGCCCGCGAGGGGCCUCUGCGGCGCGGCGCGGUACCCGCUCAGGAGGAGGAUGGCCGCGGCGAGGUGCGUGGUGUUCUUGCCGCCGCCGGAGGCGUUCCUGGACGCGCCGGCGCCGUCGUGGGGUCUCGUCACCGCCCGCUGACGGAGGCCGAGAUCAGCCGCGGCCGUGCGUUUAGAUCCGCAAGUAGUUAGAACUCUGUGCAGAUGGCUCGCUGAACUUUCUUCCUUUCAACAGUUUUAGGAUCUGAUGCGACUGUUUUGGAUCUGCUACCUUUCCGGUCUAAUUUUGCGUCGUGAAUUGAUCCAGAUUUACAAGUUUGUGACUUGCAUUUGUAGCUGGGUGCGUUGGUUUUCCUUUGGUCACAUAGCUUUCUUAGUUUCUUAUUUUUUUUCAUAAUAAAGUUGCAUCAACCGGUUUUGUCAAGAGAAAAGAAUUCUCAUCAAACGGAUAGAGCAGGACAUCUUUGGCAUAUGUUUGCAUAUCGCCAAACAAUGUACGAAUCUAUCCACCUGGAAAUGUAAGACUUGCGUUGGUCAUACAA